AUGAUCAAUUCGAAAAGACUGAACGAACUUUUAAAUCGAGAAAUUUGUGAAAGUGAUGAGAUUAAAGCAAUCAUCCUUGUUAACAAAGAAGGAGGAAUAUUUUCUCUUGGAGUUAAUAAAGAAAGUAUAGAGAUUUCUCAAAUAAACCAUAUUUCUUCAGUAUUAGUAAGCUCUUUUAAUGAGUACAAAUCUAAUAACCAAACCAUCAAAGACCUUUAUUUAGAAAGCUCAAAUGGGAAAUUCAUUAUUGGUCACACUCAUUUUAAGAACCUAUUUCUGAUUGUAUGGUUUGAAUACAAUGCUACUAUUGGAAAAGUACAUAUUAAGUUCAAUAAUAUAAAUAAUGCUUUAUCUGGAUAA